GCUGGAUAAGGGCUCAGAGUUGCACUGAGUGUGGCCGAAGCGGCGAGGCUGUAGUGGAGGUACUCGGACUCAGGGAGCCAGGCAGUAGAGUCCGAACUGCAAGUCUCAUUUUCUUUUCCAUUUUCUCACCAACUGCCCAGAGCUAGCGCCUGUGGCUUCCAGGUUGGUGUCUGGGAGAGCACCGGGAGAAGCUCUUCGCCGGCAGCACCCAAGAGGAGAGCCCCGCUACUCCGGCGCUGCUGACAGCGGGAGAGCGGCGACUGCCAGCCCGGGGAAGUGCGGAGAGCGGCUGCCGCAGCAAGGAACUUUCCUGGCCGGGAGGGCAGGGGACAAGUGGCUCCCAGGUCCCGGAGCGAACUUCUGCAAGUCUUUCCUUCGCCUGAAGCUGCCGCGGCGGCGGUAAAGAAAAGGCGGUGGAGAGAGGAGGGACUGCGCUCAGUUUCACUCGCACCGGUUGCUGAACUUGGGCGAGCGCGAGCCGCGGCUUCUCGGCGCCCCCUCCCCCUCGCAUCGGAGGAGGGGACAGUCGUCGAAGUGCGGGCGGCGGAGAGCGGCCGCUGGCCCGUCACUGUGGGGUCCACGCUGCCUGCCGCCUCCGGGAGAGCCGCUGUCGCCGGGAAGCGAGCUGGUCCGCAGACUGCGAGGAACCGUUGCGCCCGAAGAGCACUCAGUGAGUGACCGCGACUUUUCAAAGGCGGGCUGAGCGCGGGAGCGAACAAGAGUGCAGGCGGCAUCUUAACCCUGCGUUCCCUGGAGCAAGCUGGUUGAGGAGGGCGCAGUGGGGAGGACAGCCCGGGGGUGCGCGCGCUCUUAGAGCAACUUUCCUUGCCAAAGGUCCAGGGAGGCGCGGGUGUCCCCCGCUUGCCAGCGCGCUGUUGCGACCCCGAAACUUCUGCGCUCAGCCCAAACUAAUCCCACGCGAGGUGACGGACUGUUCUAUGACUGCAAAGAUGGAAACGACCUUCUACGACGAUGCCCUCAACGCCUCGUUCCUCCAGUCCGAGAGCGGCGCCUACGGCUACAGUAACCCCAAGAUCCUGAAACAGAGCAUGACCCUGAACCUGGCCGACCCGGUGGGCAGCCUGAAGCCACACCUCCGGGCCAAGAACUCGGACCUCCUCACUUCACCCGACGUGGGGCUGCUCAAGCUGGCGUCGCCCGAGCUGGAGCGCCUGAUAAUCCAGUCCAGCAACGGGCACAUCACCACCACGCCGACCCCCACCCAGUUCCUGUGCCCCAAGAACGUGACCGACGAGCAGGAGGGCUUCGCUGAGGGCUUUGUGCGCGCCCUGGCCGAACUGCACAGCCAGAACACAUUGCCCAGCGUCACGUCGGCUGCACAGCCCGUCAGUGGGGCGGGCAUGGUGGCCCCCGCGGUGGCCUCGGUAGCGGGCGGCAACGGCAGCAAUGGCUUCAGCGCCAGCCUGCACAGCGAGCCGCCGGUCUACGCCAACCUCAGCAACUUCAACCCGGGCGCUCUGGGCAGCGGCGGCGGGGCGCCCUCCUACAGCGCGGCGGGCCUGGCCUUUCCCGCGCAGCCCCAGCAGCAGCAGCCGCCACACCACCUGCCCCAGCAGAUCCCGGUGCAGCACCCGCGGCUGCAGGCCCUGAAGGAGGAGCCGCAGACCGUGCCCGAGAUGCCUGGAGAAACGCCGCCCCUGUCUCCCAUCGACAUGGAGUCCCAGGAGCGGAUUAAGGCGGAGAGGAAGCGCAUGAGGAACCGCAUUGCUGCCUCCAAGUGCCGGAAAAGAAAGCUGGAAAGGAUCGCCCGGCUGGAGGAAAAAGUGAAAACCUUGAAAGCGCAGAACUCGGAGCUGGCGUCCACGGCCAACAUGCUCAGGGAACAGGUGGCACAGCUUAAACAGAAAGUCAUGAACCACGUUAACAGUGGGUGCCAACUCAUGCUAACGCAGCAGUUGCAAACAUUUUGAGGAGAGACUGUCAGGGGCUGAGGGGCAAUGGAGAAAAUAAAUUACACAGAGAGACAGACUUGAGAACUUGACAAGUAGCGAGCGAGAGAGAAAAGAAGUGUCCGAGGACUAAAGCCAAGGGUAUCCAAGUUGGACUGGGUUGCGUCCUGACGGCGCCCCCAGUGUGCACGAGUGGGAAGGACUUGGCGCGCCCUCCCUUGGCGUGGAGCCAGGGAGCGGCAGCCUGCGGGCUGCCCCGUUUUGCGGACGGGUUGUCCCCGCGCGAACAACGUUAGACUCUCUUUAACAUUGACCAAGAACUGCAUGGACCUAACAUUCGAUCUCAUUCAGUAUUAAAUGGGGGUCGGGGGGCGGGAAAGGGAGGGGUUACAAACUGCAAUAGAGACUGUAGAUUGCUUCUGUAGUACUCCUUAAGAACACAAAGGGGGGGUUGGGGGAGGGGAGGCGGGAGGACGGUUUGUGAGAGCGAGGCUGAGCCUGCAGAUGAACUCUUUCUGGCCUGCCUUCCGUAACUGUGUAUGUACAUAUAUAUAUUUUUUAAUUUGAUGAAAGCUGAUCACUGUCAAUAAACAGCUUCAUGCCUUUGUAAGUUAUUUCAUGUUCGUUUGUUUGGGUGUUCUGCCCAGUGUUGUUUGUAAAUAAGAGAUUUGGAGCACUCUAAGUUUACCAUUUGUAAUAAAAUAUAUAAUUUUUUUAUGUUUUGUUUCUGAAAAUUCCAGAAAGGAUAUUUAAGAAAAUACAAUAAAAUAUUGAAAAAG